CCUUGAUAUAGUCAGAGAUCUAAUGCGAUAUUUAAACCAGUGCUGAGGAUAUAACUUAUGUGUAGCCUGGUAACAUAAUGAAACAAAGAAUAAAACGAUAAAGUUAGUAGGCAGUAAAUAUUAGUAGCGUUUGUUUAAUUCAAUCAUUUAAAAAUUCAUUAUUAACGUAAUAUAAUGUUAAAUAAUGUCACAUAUAUAUUGUGAACGAAAACAGUGCAACAGAUGAAGAACUAUCCCUUAUAUUAAAAGGUGAGGACACAUGUUACACAUUGUUUACAUAUGUUAUACCUACAAUGUAAUUUAUGACAGUCAUUCCGAGUACUUAUUGGAAUCCUUAAAAACCAGGAAUACAGUUUGGCGAAACGCAAUAGCAACGCAUGCUAAUGAAAAAUUUUGAGGAUUUUGGAAAACACCAGCAGACAUGGGUAAAAUGAUUUACUUACGACGGAUAUCUGUUUUCAUAAUUGGAUAUCUUAUUUUUGUUAUACCAUCUUACUUAAUAUUCAUGCAGUACAAACACACAAAAGUGUUAGACGAUUCAAACGAAAAUGAAAAAUAUCUCGAUAAAUAUAUAGAAACUAGGACGCUGUUAUACUCUGAAGAUAGCAUGAGGGGAAGAACGUUUUCAACUUUACAAAAUUCAACUAUUGCAGAGGAUAACAAUACUAUUUUCUCAAAAGAUAAUCAUAAAAAGUCCCAAGUGUCUUACCCAAGAAUCCUUUGCUGGGUGAUGACUAGCCCAGACGAUUUAUUAAGAAGGACAAUUCACAUACAAAACACGUGGGCUCGCCAUUGUGAUAUUGAUCUUUACAUGAGCUCAGAAGAAAACAAAACGUUUCCAGCUGUUGGUUUAAAUGUCACGGAAGGGAGAAACAACAUUGGUAUGAAAUCUAAAGCAUCAUGGACAUACAUCUACGAACAUUAUCGUGACAAGGCGGAUUAUUUCAUGAAAGUAGAUCCGGACAGUUUCAUUAUUAUUGAAAAUUUAAAACAUUUUCUGACCGACUAUGACCCUUCAGCGCCAGAAUUUUUUGGCCAUAUUUUUAAUCUUAACGGAGAUACCAAGAAGAAAUAUAUGGCAGGAGGGUCAGGGGUUAUUCUAAGUCAAGAGUCUCUAAAACGUCUUGUCACCAUCGCCUUCAAGAAUUAUACAUGGUGUAUGCCAAACGGACAAGCCGAAGACUUUAAAUCCGGGUAUUGUUUGGGAUUAGUUGGUUGCACCCCUAUGAAUACCACAGACUCAAAGGGAAGAGAGCGCUUCAUGGUGUUCAAUCCUAAAGCACAUUUGAUCGGCAACUACCCCGAAUGGUAUUUACGUUAUGAUAGCAACAAUGGCAGAAUAAAGGGUAUAAACUGCUGCAGUGAUUUCCCUAUAGGCUUCCACUACAUCAAACCAGAUGAGUUGUAUCUUUUGUACUACUUGAUUUACAACGCUCGCAUCGUUGAUGACAAGAUACUUCUAAGGGAGGACGCUAAACCUAUGAAAGAUCUACUUUUAAAGGAUCUCAAUAAAGUCGUUAUAGGGCAGAAGAUUGCAAAACUCACACCACUUCAAAAGAAAAUGAAUGAAAUAUAUGGAAAGGCACGGAAACAGGCUGCAGUGAAACAAGAAUCAUUAAAAAACAAUUCUCAUGCACUGAGCUAAGGGCAGCAAAAUCAUUUAUUAAGUAAUUAAUUAUUCAUGUCAUCGUUUAAUUUCGAAACAACUGAGUCCUACCAGAAAGGCUCUUUAAGUGAUGUGAGUAAAAUCAUUGAAUGAGUUUUAACUUUUCUCCUAGGCCUUAUAAGACAAAACAUGAAGCAAUUUUGUCGAUUGAGAUAAUAUCAAGAUGAAAUGACAGGGACCAGUCAGUGACGUCUUUGCUAGGGUGUCCGUAGCAUGCUUGACGACGCGUUGCCAUCGUCCAGUACCACUCACGACUGAGACUAUGAGCUAGUGAUCACCAAUCAUUCAAUACACGCAAUACGAAAUAAUGGAACGUAAAAGGUUAUUAGCUAAUAUCAGAGUACCCUGCGCGCAGAGUCUAGUUAUAAACUACAGACGGAGCGAAGUGAAGUGAAGUUGAACGAAUGCAAAGGGUAAUAUCAGACAUAUUACAUCUAUAAAACUUUUUAUA